GCCGUUUCUACUUGGGAAGGAAACACGAAAACAAGAAGACGCAAGAGUUGAAGAAAUAUAAUGAAGAAAAUACAUCUUCGAGGAAAUUGUGUUCUUUGCAUAUUAUAUUAAAGUAAAAAUGCCAGGAGAAGAAAGGCGCUUGUUGGUAAAAGUGACUAUUAGAGAAUUCUCGGAACGCUAGCAAACUAUUUGGCUCGCACUACCUGUGCUGCGUUCUCUGGUGUAUUUUCUAUAACGCUAAAUGGAGUGGCAACAGUGGCGGCGAUUGGUGUGACUGUAAAUAAAACGAUGUUCGUUUUGAUGCAGACGAUGUGAAAAGACAUAUAUUUUUGUAUUAAAACGGCAAUAGCAAUAAUUUUCGCAAAUAUUUCUAUUUCUAAUUUGUUCUCUUUUGAAAAACUGCUAAAGUGACUAAAGUCAAGAGAAAUUGUGCUUAAUGAUUCCAGCGUUUUUAUUAUAACAUCACCACAUGUAAAGUUUCACUGCGAGGAAACGUAAAAAGCACACUCUGAUGUGCCGGAGUAUAGCCUAAUUCAAAAGGAACUAUAACAAGUUUUUAUUGUAAACAGAUCAGCAAUCAGUAAUGACUGUCCGCUGGGUGCCCAAUAUGUAGCUUGGAUAAAGUAGAGCUCGCAGGAUAUCAAUGUGGGAAUGUUGUACUGGUAUGCAUAUUUUACUUGAGGAUCUGCAUCCAUUCACUCAUCAGAACGGAAUUAACAUUGAAAACGACUUUUUUAUUGGAUUUUGAAUAUAUUUAACUACGGUUAACGUGGAUUUGGAAAGACAAAAAUCUGCUAAGUACACAAUCGAUUUGAGAUCAGAAUGGCUCCACUCUCCUGUCCCACCGACUCCAUCGACUUCUGGAGGAAUGAGGUGCCUGAGCGCGCCGAAAUCAGCUGCCUUAUGCCAAAUGGCAUUCUCAUUCUAAUGGUCGUGCCUAUUAAUUGCACGAUCCGGGAAAUUAAAGCGGAGGUGAUUAAAGAAGCAAAAAACUUUCCGUUAUGUCAUCUAAUAAAAGAUCCUUGUGACUAUGAAGUCAGUGGCAUAUCUAAUUUCGCUAACGUUGAUUGUUUUACCGAUGAAACUAAACGCCUAUCUGAAAUACAACCUUUUUUUUGCCUACUACGACUGGGCGAACGCACAGAAACCUCUUCUAUAUCCAGUGAUUAUGAACUCUCCAAAUUGGUGAGUAAUAUGAUUGGCAAAUCUUUUGAAGAAUAUAGUUCGCAGCGUAGUCCCGAGGUUGAUGACUUUCGGCGCAAGCUGGCACACCUCUGCGACAAAAUGGAACAGGUGCGUUCCCGCUUUACAUGGUCAGAGAAAUUGCUUUACGAGCAUCCGAUGCGUAUUGCAAAUACCGCUGUCAUGCCUGAACUGAUACGAAAGCGGCUGGGUGGCACAAGUUUUCUAAUAGUUGUCAAACUGGAAAACGAUGAAGGUUCAUAUACAAUUCCUGUAAGCGAACAUGACACCUCCACUACAGUAAUUGAGUCCGCGCUUCUGAAGAUGAAGCGUUCUCAAAUAAGGAUUGGUGAUCGACCGUCAGACUAUAUAUUAAAAGUGCGGGGACGAGAUGAAUUCAUAUUCGGUGAAUAUCCCCUAAUACAGUUUAUAUACAUACAGGAAAGUCUUUCCGGCUCGGAUGUUCCCAAUGUUGUUCUAAAGCCUAUUCAAACACUGCAAUCGUACAUAAAUUACAAGAACGAUUUGAGUUUUUCUCACAAGCGAACUCGAAGACCAGAAAAUAUUCCUGUGUCAGUUAUUAACACUCAUACCCCUGGUAAGGAACUAAAGACCACCUCAUCAUGGCACGUAGUGACCCCAUUUAGAUUGCGUUUGCAUCAAAUCGAAAAUGUAAACUGUGAUCUGUCUCGUGCCAUCAAGGUAGGUGUACAUGUAGGUCUCUUCCAUGGUGAGCGCCGCCUAUGUGCGCAACAAUCCAUAGAAAUCGCAAUUAGCAACAAUCGUUCAUUCACAUUCGAGAAAGACAUCUCAUUCGACAUACAAGUACAAAAUUUACCGCGUAUGGCACGUCUAUGCAUGGCCAUUUACGAAGUAACUAAGGCAUCUCGCUCGAAGAAGUCGUCUAAUACAAGCCGCGACAAUAUUUAUAAAGAAGCCAACACUUACGUGAACAAUAAUCCCUUGGCUUGGGUGAAUACGACCAUAUUUGAUUAUAAACAUCAAAUGCGCAAUGGCUGUCAAGCACUUUACACAUGGACAUAUGCAGAUGACAUACAGUCAGAUGAAAUUUUCCAUCCAUUAGGGACAAUCGAACCAAAUCCGCGUAAGGAUGGCUGUGCUAUAGUGAAACUGGCAUUUCACAGUAACUGUUGUGAAAAUAUACAGUUUCCGUCUAUGGAAGCGGUGCUGAAGUAUGCCGAAGAGCUUGAUCAUAGUGAAACUUUAAAUCGCGACAAAUUACAAGAAAACAUCAAGCCCAUCAGUGCUAUGUUAUCGCAGUACCUGCGUAUUGAUAAAGUAUACGAAAUGCACGAUCAGGAUCGCAAUGCAAUAUGGUCAAGAAGGUAUGAAAUAUUAGGCGAAGCGCCUGAAGAACUAUCGACGUUGCUGCACUGUGUUAACUGGAAUGAACGUGACGAAGUUGCUGAGACUUGGAAGUUAUUACAACAAUGGCCUACAAUAUCAGUUGAAAGAUCACUUGAAUUGCUUGACUAUGCAUAUCCAGAUCCAGCCGUACGAAGUUUCGCCAUACGCUGUCUCCGUUUCCUUAGAGAUGAGGAAUUGCUGCUAUAUCUUUUGCAAUUGGUGCAGGCCAUCAAACACGAGUCUUAUCUGGAUUGUGAUCUGGUAACAUUUCUGCUGGAGCGUGCUUUGCGCAACCAACGUAUUGGCCACUAUUUUUUUUGGCAUUUGCGUUCAGAAAUGCAAACACUCUCGAUGCAAACACGAUUUGGGCUUUUGCUCGAAGGGUAUUUAAAAGGCUGCAAGCCGCAUGUGCCGCAUCUUUGUAAGCAGCUAAAAGUGCUCGAUGCACUCAAAGCCGGUUCUUUGAUCGCAAAAAAGGGAAGUAAGGAAAAAGGUCGCAAAGAGAUGCAAGAUUUUUUUUCGAGCCAAAGCAAUAGCAGUAUAUUUCAGAGCAUACAAAAUCCAUUGAAUCCAAGUUUUCGUUGCAAGGGCAUCCAACCAGACAAAUGCAAGGUUAUGGACUCUAAAAUGAGGCCGCUUUGGAUUGUCCUGAAAAAUGCUGAUCAAAGUUGCAACGAUAUUUAUAUAAUUUUCAAAAAUGGCGAUGAUCUGCGACAGGAUAUGUUAACACUGCAAAUGUUGCGUGUUAUGGAUCAAUUAUGGAAGAAUGAGGGUAUGGACUUCCGUAUGAACAUUUACAACUGCAUUAGUAUGGAACGUCGCCUAGGAAUGAUCGAGGUUGUACUAAAUGCAGAAACAAUCGCCAACAUACAAAAGGAGAAAGGCAUGUUCUCAGCAACAUCACCGUUUAAGAAAGGGUCUCUAUUUAGUUGGUUGAAGGAGUAUAAUCGUACUGAGGAAGAAAUGAACAAAGCCAUAAAUGAAUUUACUUUAAGUUGCGCUGGAUAUUGUGUGGCCACCUAUGUUCUCGGCGUGGCCGAUCGCCAUUCAGACAAUAUUAUGGUUAAACGUAAUGGACAGCUUUUUCACAUUGAUUUCGGUCACAUCCUCGGUCAUUUCAAAGAGAAAUUCGGUGUGCGCCGAGAGCGGGUGCCUUUUGUUCUAACCCACGAUUUUGUAUAUGUCAUAAGCAAAGGGCGUAACGAUCGAGAUUCUGAAGAAUUUCUUUAUUUCCAAAACAUGUGCGAAAAGGCAUUUUUAGUGUUACGAAAGCAUGGCUGCCUUAUAUUAUCUCUUUUCUCAAUGAUGAUAUCAACUGGACUGCCAGAAUUGUCAUCGGAAAAGGACCUAAACUACUUAAAGGAAACUUUGGUUCUCGACUACACCGAAGAAAAAGCUCGCGAACAUUUUCGUUCAAAGUUCAGUGAAGCUUUAGUCAACUCAUGGAAGACAUCAUUGAACUGGGCUUCGCAUAAUUUUUCAAAGAAUAAUAAACAAUAAAGCAAAUGCAAACGAAAGGACUAAUGGACGUAUGGAAGUUCUCCAUAUACUUGCCUUAAUCACUAUUAAUUGGUACGAUUUCUUCUCAUAUAGAUGUCCUCGCAAAAUUUUAAACACACUACUACUUUUUUAUUCUACAACAAACACCAAAUAAACCAAAGUUUCAAAAUGUAUGCAAAAUUUUCAACUUUUUAACAAGAAUUUUAAAAUUUUUUCUGCUAAUACAGUUGAAACUUGCACUUUGCACUACUUAAAUUCAAUGGGUUAUAAUAAUAUAUAUUUGAAGCUUUGCGUUAUACGGUCUUUGUUGUAGUAUAAACUAUAUUUUUUAUAAACAAAUAGUAGUGCGUUUGUAAUUUUGCUUCGACGUGUAUAUGAGAAGAAAUCGUAGUGGUACGAAUUAAUAGCGUAGGGCAAGUAAAAACCUACGAUGUUUUAAAGAUGUAGUAUUAACGUAGGAACAAUAGGAUGUGCAGAGUUUUGUAAUUGAAUUGAAAUGUGUUCAAGUGAGAGUAAAAGCAAGGUUAGAAAUCAGAAUUCAACACUAUUCACGCAUUUUGAAAAUAUCUACCAAAUUCAUAAAUACAUAAUUCUACGUUCAUGGAAGCCUCCUCGUCUUCUCGUCUUCUCGCCAUCUCCAAUUCUUUUUUUCGAAAUGCUUGCCUGAAUUAUGUUCUGAUUAACGUGAUUCGUGUUUCAAAAUUUAGCAGCUGAAUUGCCUCAUCUGGUGGCAAUUCAGUUUCAAUUAGCAUUCGAAUUACAAUUGUCUUCCCUAAUUUUUAUCUUAAUUCAUAAAUCUAAAAGCCUCUAAUAAGAAGCCAACUAUGUUCGCAUGAAACGCAAUGAAUAAGGCAUAAAUAGAAGGUACUUGAAAACUUCUUGCAAAUGUAAUUUAUAUAACAUUUUUGUUCGUCGGUAAACUACAAUGCAUUAACAAGAAUCAGAAAAGGGAUAAUUCAGGCGCGUUUAAAUGUCAUGGAAACAUGCUCUAACUGAUGUCCAUUUUUUUUAAUAAUACUAAUAAUUAUAAUUUUCUGCUCUUUGCAUGGUCUAUGUUAUUAAGUUAUAAAUUAACGUUUUUUUUUUCGUUUAUAAAACUUUCGUAUACAUACAUACUAGAAAAGUUUAGGCAACAAAAAACGAAAACAAAAAAAAAAUAAUUAUGUAUCAAUAUGUCCUAUAAAUGUAUGACGUGAUUUUUAUAAACUUGCAAAGAUUAAGUCGAUAAAUUAUAGCUUAGAAUAUCUAUGAUAUUACGUUUAUACACCUACGCACUUUAUCUGAAUGCAUUAACGUAUUUUUUAAUAAUUAAAAUUAAAAUAAUAUCCAUAUGCAUAUUCAGUUAAUACAACUCAAUUCAAGAUAAUUUUCAAUGCAUAUUAUUUAAGGUAAAAUUACUUUCUUUUGCAUAGUUUAUGAUGCAAAGUUUCCUUUUUACACUGAAUAGAUCUAAUAAAAAAUAAUAAAAGUGUAUAUAUUGAUAUUUCAUUGGCUAAAGCGACUGGAAGUUACAAAACUAAUGGUCGAAGCCUGUAAUUUGUGCACGGCUAUUGUAAAAGCAGAGCUCAACGAACAAUAAAAAGGGCUGGAAAUACCAAGGAGCAACCGAAGCAAUCUAAGAUACAUUCGAUUAUGAGAAGCCCCGUCUAAAAAAGAUAUCUUGAAUCAUACGUAUAUAAUACGAAUAAUUAUGCUUUUAUUUAAAUUUUCCGGUUAAUAAAUAAUUUACCAA